GAAGUUCUGGCGCCUAUGACAACAAUGACGCCUUUUGUGCUUUAAUUUGGAUAUUCUUUUUAUUUCCCCCCAUUGCAAAACAUAAUCAUGAUUCUGCCAGAUGAACCUAAAGCACAAGAUGUGCCUAAGAUUAUUCAGCCAAGAAAUCACAAAGCUAAAGUCAGUGUCUGGGCUGAUUUGACAGUUGAUGACCUGGACAGAAUCAAUGAGUCAUUGAAUGCUGACCACAUCAAAAUGGUUCUUGCAGAUAUAUUUCACCUUGACGACCACAAAACAAGUCUUAAAACUGGUAUAGUCAUGGAUCUGUACUACUACACUCUCCAGUUUGCCAGGGAAAAUAAAUUUACCAAGGAGCAGACAUCUGCCUUUUUCUCCAUUGUGAAGAAAACACAUGAAAUUUGCAUAGAGACACCAUUUGGAAAUCUGGAUGAGACAUUCUCUUUCUUCAAAGAAAUGGUAUUGUGCCAUGCUGUUAAU